AUGGCUGUACCUGCGAUUACCAAGGUUCUAGUCGUGCGAGAGGACUGGGCAAAUGGCACGAAGAGCCCUGAGACAGGGCUCUCCACGAAGAAGGUAUCGUUGACAGAUGACACUGACGCAAAGUCGGUUGGCGAUGAGCCGCCAGUCGUUCUGACUUCGAGCCUGCCACCACCAGAAAGGUCCAUAGCUUUCAGUGAGCCGGACAUGAAAAGGUCAAAGUCAGCUGGGUCUUUGGGCAGGUCCGAAGCCGGAGACCCGAGCAAAAGCAAAGGGGCCAUUAGUGUGGCUAGCAGCCGUAUGACCCAGACCAUCCCGCACCUCCGGAAGAACAGUCUCCUGGAGGGUCUAAAGGAGCUUCCCUUUUGGCAUCCAGGACGGUACGUUCAUACGACACAGUUUGAUGCCCUGUUCUGUGGAGUCAUCUUAGCCAACACUGUUGUGAUGGCGCUGCAGAUGCAGUACAACGGCCUGAAUCGGGGGUACAUCCUGGGUGCCCCACAUUUCACGUAUGAUGCUAGCGAGUACUGGCCGCAAGCGCCCGUCAUCUUUGCCUUCUUGGAUUGGUUGUUUGGCAUUACAUACUGCCUGGAGCUGAUCAUCAAAUUGAUUGGCUUCAAGAAACGAUUCUUUCUUGAAUGGUGGAAUUGGUUCGAUGGAGCGAUCGUCCUGAUGUGGCUCGUUGAGGUCGCACUCCAAUCUGUGAUAAGACUGGAGCCUGCAGUUCUGCGCAUGAUGCGCAUGGCUCGACUACUACGGCUCAUCCGGCUAGUCAAGACGAUACAAGGUUUCGAUGCGCUGUACAUCAUGACCACGGCCAUGCAGGGCAGCGCCACAUGCUUGUUUUGGCGCAUCAUGGAAGCCUUUGAGAUGCCAGGGAAUUUUGGAUAUGAGGAGUGGUACUCCAUAUUCUCGGUAGCUUACAAGCUGAUUGUUGGCUUUGCGGCCGUUGGAAUCAUCAAUGGUGUCUUCAUGCAAGAGACCUUCAAGGUGGCGGCAUCAGAUGACAAGUUGAUGAUGCGCCAGAAGGAGCGAGAUCGUUCGCUGCACACCAAGAAGAUGAGGACAUUGUUUGCCGCAGCAGAUGAAUCCGGUGAUGGCUUCAUCGACCGUGACGAAUUCUGCGAAAUCAUGAACAUCCCUGAAGUCAGGACCUGGUUGGCAGCUCAAGAGCUUCCCGUUCGUGACCCAAACAUGCUGUUCAGUUUGCUAGACGAUGGAGACGCCGAGCUCACGGCUGAAGAGCUAGUCAAAGGCGUUGAACGCCUAAAAGGAACUGCCAAAGGCAUUGACCUUGCUGCUUUCAUCGCUGAGUAUCGCGAUUUCGCAACAAAAGUGGCCGAAAAGUUAGAGUUCCGGCUGGAGUUUCCCAUCAAAAGCGAGGAUGAAGGCGAGGACGACGAUGAUGACGACGACGACGAGGAGGAGGGCGGCAAGAAGAAGAAGUGA